GAAAAGUAAACUGGGAAACUCUGCUAUUUGUUGACGCGUUUUCAAGAAAUAGUUUUACGUCAGUUUGUGGGAAAUAAAUAAAAGUUCUUCGUUGUACAGAUUAAAUACAAAGUAAAAUAUAGAAAUACUCAAAUGACAAUAUAAAGUUUUAUAAAGCCGUUUAUAUAUAAUUUGUGCGUGUUUAAAUCAUUACAAAAAUUUAAAACCCACAAUGAUGUGAAUGUUAUUGCAAAAUUUCACGAAAUUAAGCUAGUUUUGGAUCGAAAUUGCGUCAGACAUUUGACAAUCGUUAAACGGAAUCUGGCAAACCGUAUUAAGAAAGGUGAAGCAGCCUGGCAUUGCUAUCCGUGCGAAAGUGAGGUUGCGUCCGCACGUUCGACGAUCUAUUAGAGGAGGACGACAUACGGGAUCCGAUGGGCAAUCUCGAUAGUCUGCUGGAUAAACACUUUGUGCGUUUCACCAAGCAGUAUGAGCAAAAAUUUGAGGCCUUUAGGUCCGAAAUUACAAGCAAUCUGGUAGACAUCAGAGCAGAGGUUAGUAAGCUGUCCCAACAAAAUGUUAACCUCUCCAAUAAAUGCUCAAAAAUUGAUGACAGGUUAACGUUAGUCGAGAAUAAGAUUAACUCCCAUGUGAGCUUACCGGCAUCCAAUGAAGCAGUUUUCGUAGAGCUGAGCGAACGUAAACGCCGCGAGGCUAAUGUCAUUGCGUUCAACGUCCCUGAAUCAUCUAAAGCAACUGGAAAGGAGCGGCUGGAGGAUGAUAGAUCAAGUCUGUCAUCUAUCCUGCCACCAGAGUUAUCUUGUGACUCAACUGGUCUAAAACUUCGUAGACUGGGACGACACACACCAGGUCGUUCCCGUCCACUACUUGUAGUGACCCCAACUGCAACGGAUGCAAUCACCUUACUCAAAGGUAAGCCAGCUGAUGGUAACACCACGAUAUCUUUCAAACCGGAUCUCACUCCAACACAGCAGGAAUAUCUGAAGAGCUUACGAUCUGACCUUGCCUCCCUUGAGAAGAAUGGUGAUUUGAGCAAGACAAUAAAAUAUGUGAAUGGCAUACCGAAAAUAGUAACAAAGAAUUUUCGUUCGAUCAGAGAGGAGGAGGAAAGUGACAAAUCUCACCGUCUACUACCAGAAUGUUCGCGGUCUACGCACAAAACUCUGUGAAUUUCUCAAAGCCACGUCAAUUAGUCACUACGAUAUCAUCUGCAUCACCGAAACCUGGCUACAGCCCGCUAUACAUGACGGUGAAGUACUGGACCCCACUUACAACAUCUAUCGCAGAGAUCGUAACCAGGCAACGAGUGGUUGUCAGCGUGGUGGAGAUGUGCUCAUAGCUACAAAACGGCACAUUCAAGUAGAAUCGAUUCGAAUCAAGGAAAACAAUAUUGAGGAACUCUUUAUUAAAAUUAAGAUUAACAAUGGCAAUCUUAUUUUAGGCUGUGUCUAUAUACCGCCACAUACCACGUACGAAGCCUAUCACACGCACUUAUCUGCUAUUUCUUUUCUUUCCGAUAGCUUCCAGAAUGCCAGUCUAUUGGUCCUUGGUGACUUCAACAUGGCAAGUAGCUCACCCAGAAAUGAAUGCACGAGAUUGUUAUACGACAGCUACUCUACAUCCGGAUGCAAGCAAUGCAAUCGUGUAUUCAAUGAGCAGGGAAACUUACUCGACUUUUGGCUUCAGCAACACUGACACAAUCCCGUAUGGAACUGUUGCUCUGGUUCCUGAGGACAAGUAUCACCCGGCCCUAGCCUGUCAGCUCAACUUACAGCCUAGCUUAACACCGGUCGGUAUCCCUAACUAUGCUUUCAAGAAGGCGGACUAUGUCAGCUUGAAUGUCUUUUUUAUGAGAACCAAUUGGACAGAUUUAUACCAGCAAAAAUCUGUUGAUGAUAAACUGCGUUGGCUCUACAACAUUAUUCAGGAAGGUGUUACCCAAUUCGUGCCGGUUUACUUCAGCAAACCCAGUAGAUCUCCACCUUGGUUUUCUAGGGAAUUAACUGAGAAAAUCAUCCUGAAAAAAGCAGCGCACGCACAGUAUAAAAAACAGAAAACCAGGCGAAACUACACACUCUUUAGUAACCUGAGGCAAGAGUGCAAAAAUCUCUGCAACAAGUGUUAUAAUGCGUAUGUUGAUAGGGUAGAAGGGUCACUGAAAGGUGAUACCAAGGCGUUCUGGAAGUAUAUCAAGGAUAAGAAGCGAGGAAACAGUGACAUUCCAGCAUCCAUGGUCUGGGAUAAUCAAUCAGCAUCAAGUGGCGUAGAGAUCAGUAACUUAUUUGCACAGUUCUUUAAAAGCAUAUAUGCACCGGUGUCUGACGAUAGCGUAACCCUAGCACACUCACACCCUUACACGCAAUCGGUAAACCUAAAUGACUUUGAGGUUACCUUUGACAAUGUCUUCAAGCAACUGAACUCCGUAGAUCCUAGUAAAGGUGCGGGACCUGAUGGCCUACCGAAUGCCUUUCUUAAGAACUGCGCCAAUGGCCUCUGUGAACCGCUGACACACAUUUUCCAAUCGUCUCUGCAGUGUGGUGUUUUUCCUACAGACUGGAAACUCUCGUACAUCAGCCCCAUUCAUAAAGAAGGUCCAAAGAAUACAGUCACGAAUUAUCGGCCAAUCUGCAUUCAGUCGGCCUUGGCUAAACUUUUUGAAAAGCUGAUCCUACCAAAACUCUCUGCUGCUUUUGAUCCAAUCAUUACCACAAGACAGCAUGGUUUUAUUAGUAGCCGUUCAACGUCAACUAACCUUUUCGCCUACACCAACUAUCUACUGAACUCACUGAAUACCAACACCUGUGUUCAUAGCAUCUAUACUGACUUCAGAAAAGCGUUCGAUCGAGUUGACCAUGACAUCUUGCUAUACAAGCUCAGGAAAUAUGGCGUCUGCGGCAAAGCGUUAGACUGGCUUAGGUCAUAUCUAGCUGGUAGGCACCUGCAGGUCAAAGUGGAUGGCCACCUAUCCGAUGAAUAUGUGGCUAACUCGGGUGUUCCGCAAGGUUCUCACCUCGGUCCGAUUCUUUUCAGCAUAUUCGUGAAUGAUAUUGGUAACGACUUCAACUCGGAAUACCUACUCUUUGCAGACGAUCUUAAAGUUUAUCGAUCAAUCACUAGUGUGCUGGAUAGUCAUCUACUACAACAGGACGUCGAUAAUCUCUCUGGCUGGUGUGCAAGGAACAAACUGGAUCUCAACUUUAAAAAUUGUGCUGUGAUGUGCUUCUCGAGAUCGCGCACUCCCUUACCUGCAGUGUACACACUCAAUGGUGAUAAAAUAAGGGAGGUGGAUGACAUCAAAGACCUCGGUGUCACGAUUGACACAAAACUAACUUUCCACAAGCAUAUAGACGGAAUAACUCAGAGAGCUUUUAAGAUACUCGGUUUUAUAACUAGGAAUAGUAAGGACUUCAAGAAUCCCUACUCCCUGAUUUGUCUUUUCAAAACUCAAGUUCUUCCAAUACUGGAGUACGGAUCCAUAAUCUGGUCUCCAUACACUGAAGCAGGCAUUACUAGACUUGAAAGAGUGCAGCGUAAGCUCUGCAAGACCUUAGCCUUCCGACAUUCAUCAUCAACCGCUUCAACUACAGAAGAUAUCUACAUUCGGUACAACAUCAACAGUCUGCGGGCUCGCCGACGCAUAACUGAUCUGGCGUUCUUCUAUAAAGUGGUAAAUGGUAUUAUUGAUGCCCCGGAAGUACGCAGCUCCUUCGAUCUUGCCCCGGCUGGUCUCACUCUUAGGAAUAGUCGUCUACUGAAAACAGUCGCUACUUACAAAAGCUACGUCUAUCACGGCCCGUGCAAUAGAAUAGCCAUCAGUGUCAACUCACUUCAUGGUGUUCUCGACUUCUAUGGUGGAACCUACGAUACUUUUCUGCGAAAUGCCAAAAAUAUCAUCCUAUAGAUUUUUCUCAAGAACCUUCUGGCCCAUUUUCUUUAUCAUUGUAUUACUAACCAGCCCUCUAUAAAUUCUGUUUCUGUACCCUCUUUUUAUUUGUAUGUAUAUUGCCGAUUGGCGUUUGUUAAAUAAAUAAAUAAAUUAUUACGUUUUCGCAUGACAUUGGAGCUGAACUGAGGACGAGUGCGAUAGCUCCUGCUCAACUGUUCAACUUUCGUCGAACUUAGGCAAAGCUGCAGAGCUCGAAAUUAUGCAGUUCACUAGACAGGGCUAGUAUACUUAUUCCGGCAUGUGAAGGUACCCCGCACGAAACUAACCACCUCUUCACAUGCCCCCUAAAACCGACUCAUCUAACACCCCUCUCCCUCUGGACCCAACCUGUCGAAACAGCAUGUUUCCUGGGCCCAAUGAUGAAAGUUUUACAAAAUUUCGUCGUGAUUUUGAAAGAAUCCAAAGCGUUUGCUGAAGAAUUAUUUUAAAAAUUAAAAUAUUUUUGAGUUUUUUCGCUUAAUAUUCAUUUAAGGCAAAACAACUUUGCUGUCAUUUUUUCUUCCUCUGUUAUAAUAUCGAACUAAAAACGUACUAAUCUGUGUACCGAUUAUGAAAUCUCUUAGCAAAAAAAAAAUUGCUGCUCCAGCUAGGAAUUCGUAGAAAAAAGGGAUAUUUUUGUGCACUUUUUUUUUUUGAACGUCCUUUACUUGAAAAAUAUCGAAUAAUCAAAUUUUUUUAGUUCUGUCCAAGUAAACCUCGUUAAUAAAAAAUUACUGUAUUCGAUUAUACGAAAAUCGCAUAUAAUGAACAAACGAAUUGUUUUUAAUUAAGAACCUUAACGAACAAAAAAAAAAGCUUUUGAAGGGAAAAAGUGUCCACUAAAUCAGAGAGAGGAGAAAAUGCAAAUAUCAACAAAACCAUUGUAAAUGAAAUCAAAAAUAAGAGGAAUGUGGUCUUCAAUAUACAUAUA